GUAUCUGUACCAAUUAUCUCUUUACACUUUUCUUUUGGUUUUAUAUCAAACCAGCCACCCAUUAGGUCAAAAUAUCUCAUUUUACCCACCCAUCUCAUUGAGGACUCGUUUAAGUCACUAUAAACAAAAUAUAUAUAUUAUUUUAUCCACAUCACUAUUCAUACAUUUUUACUUAAUCAUUUAUAAAAAAUUAUCCGUUUAUCUUUUUACUACAAAACCACUUCGAGUGCCUUCAUGAUUAUCUCUAGUAUUUAUCAAAAUAAUUUGGAAAUUAAUAAAGCAAUAUAACUAUUAUUUUUUUAAAAAAAUAAGUUAUACAUAGAUAUUUAUGUGAUCACCCUAACUAUGUUGCUUUAUUAAUUUCCAAAUUAUUUUGAUAAAUACUAGAGACAAUUAUGAAGGUACUGGAAGUGGUUUUGUAAUAAAAAAAAUAAAUGGUUGAUUUUUGAUAAAUGAUGAAGUAAAAAGAUAUGAAUAGUGAUGUGGGUAAAAUGAUAUAUAUUUGAUUUAUAGUGGCUUAAACGAGUCCGCGAUUAGAUGAGUGGGUAAAAUGAUAUAUAUUUGAUUUACAGUGGCUUAAACGAGUCCGCGAUGAGAUGAGUGGGUAAAAUGAGAUAUUUUGACGGAAUAAGUGGCUAAUUUGAUAUAUAACUUUCGUUUUGGUGUACGAUUCAAUUUUUUAUAUUUCAAACCUUAUCAAAAAUAGUUAAGGUGUAUCACUAUUUCACCAUUUUUCUUCACUUUUUAAAUUACCUUUACUUUACUGUUUACUUUUUGCGAUGCAAAUAAACAAACAAACAAACAAACUAAGGCCUCCUCCUACGUAUAUUAAAAUUUAAGUAAUAACCUAGUAAUCAAUAAUACGUCUAAGAUUGGGUGGAACAAGAAUAAAAUAAUAGGCAAUGACAGUUACGUAAACAGUGCGAUUCAACUUGUCUAACCAUUUAUUUAUUUAUUAUUUAUUAUUAUUAUAUUUCAUUUCAAUCCACCGCUGGACCACCGUACUUAUUCACUUUCCGGCCACCUACAUUUCUGUUGAUCUCACACUCUCAACACCUCACUGCUUCCACUUCAGGUUGGAUGCUGUUAUUUAACUUGUUAGGCCCGCAUUUUGCAAUGAAGACGAAUGGUAAUAAACAUUUGGAUGUGGAAAGAGGAAAGUUUGAUAUCGAAAGAGAAAGAUUAAUAUCAAGUAAUAGACCAGUUCAAAUAAACAAUCAGGCACUACUGUCUGGUCUAUCGUAUUGCCUUUCAUCAUGUAGUAUGAUACUGGUUAACAAAUAUGUCCUCUCCAGCUAUGAUUUCAAUGCCGGGAUAUCUUUGAUGAUCUACCAGAACUUUAUUUCGGUAUUUAUUGUUUCUAUGCUGAGUACUCUUGGUGUGAUAUCAACAGAAGCAUUGACAUGGAAAUUAAUCAAGGCGUGGUUGCCUGUAAAUGUAAUUUUUGUUGGAAUGCUGAUCACAAGCAUGUUUAGUCUAAGGUACAUUAACGUCGCCAUGGUCACAGUUCUGAAGAAUGUUACCAAUGUUAUAACAGCAGUUGGUGAGAUGUAUCUUUUCAGUAAGCACCACGACAACAGAGUUUGGAUUGCACUAUUUUUAAUGAUCAUUUCAGCAAUCUCUGGCGGUUUUACUGAUCUAUCUUUUCAUGCUGUUGGCUAUACAUGGCAGAUUAUUAACUGUUUCCUGACAGCAUCUUAUUCUUUAACCUUGCGGAGAGUCAUGGAUACCGCAAAGCUAGUCACAAAAUCGGGAAACCUGAAUGAGUUUUCAAUGGUUUUGCUAAAUAACACUCUCUCUUUACCCUUAGGUUUGCUGCUUAUAUAUGUGUUCAAUGAGGUGGACUACCUCACUACGACGCCACUUCUGAGGCAACCCACCUUCUGGCUGGUGAUGACUUUGAGUGGAUUACUGGGAUUAGCCAUCAGCUUUACUUCUAUGUGGUUUCUUCAUCAAACAAGCGCUACUACCUACAGUCUUGUAGGAUCACUGAACAAGAUCCCUCUUUCAGUGGCUGGCAUCCUUCUUUUUAACGUCCCAACCAGUCUGGAAAAUUCUGCGAGCAUGCUGAUUGGCCUAGUUGCUGGAGUGUUCUUUGCAAGAGCCAAGGUGCAUGAGAGAUCACAAUCUUGACAACUUAAUGGUGACUACAAUAGAGUGACACUGGCUUUAACUAAGAUAAAUGCCCUGGCUUCUUGUCAGCAGUGACAGAAUGAUUUUAGAUGCAUUUUGACACAAGUGUGUAGAUGUCUCCUUGCUGGAUUAUAUAUAUCCUGCUGCUAUUUUUAGAGUUGCUAAGAAGAAAGAGCAUACUUGUACAUGAUUGUAUUCUAAACACACAUUUAACCACUCAAGUCACAACUGAUUUUUUGUGUAAAGUUACAAUUCAUUUAUUUACACCAACUGCUGUUGCCU